AUGGCAUCUGAGGCCAAUGUAGCGACCUCAAAAGGAUACGUGACCAUUACUCGAGAUAAGCCUACAGAAGACCCUCCUGGUUCAGCAAAGGCGUUGCAAAAAAUCCAGUUAAUUUAUAAAUUAGUCGAUGAUGCUCAGUGCUCGGAGGUUGCGUCUGCCCCGACCGAGACUCAGCAAUAUUUUCAGAUAUUGAAAGAUUCCAAUUUUGUGGCUGAAAAUGCAGUUGCCUGCCGCUGGACACUCACGGCUAUACAAGGGAAGAGCAUUCGAGUCAGUUUGGACGUGAAUUCGCCCAUAGCUGAUAAACAAUGCAUCACGGUAUCAAACGCAGUAACCGAAGGAGACCCGGAGCCUCAAACAAUUUGCGGCACAACUGGGAAGAAUAUUUUCACAUCAGCGGUCGGUAAGGGUGUGAACAUAGAGUACGAAAGUCCAAUUGUGGAUGGAAAGCCUUCAAACACAAACUUCAAAGUAACAUAUCAACUGGUUUCUACCGCUGAAGUGAACGACCCCAGAUGCGCGGACGCUCCGCAGCCCCCGAAGUCGGAGGUUCAAUCGUUUCCAAUAGCCAAAUCUGGUACGACCAUUCCGGCUGACUUGCGUUGCAUGUGGAAUAUUGAGUCGACGGAAAGUAAAAACAUACGUGUCAGCUUGAAGGUUAUUACGCGUGUUGCCAUUUGCAAUGAUGACGUGGAGCUGGGAUUACGCGCGAUGUCACUUCACGUCUGUGCACCCCAUUAA